UGACAUGGCAGAACUUCUUCUUGGGGAGUCCAAACUAGAACAAUUUUUGAAGGAAAAUGCUCUUAAACAGAGUAGUAGUCCACGGGGGCUCCAUCCAAAGCUGACUGAGGUCAGGAAACAUCUCACAGCAGCGCUUGAUAGGGGAAACCUAAAGCCAGAAUUUCUACAAGAAGCUAACCUAAUUAUGGCUAAGUUAAACUAUGUGGAGGGUGAUUACAAAGAAGCUCUGAACACGUAUGCCAGAGUUGGAGUUGAUGACUUGCAGAUAGCUGCAGUGCCACCAUAUAGGCUACGGAUGAUUGCUGAAGCAUAUUCUACUAAAGGUCUCUGUCUUGAGAAGCUGCCAAUUUCUUCUUCAGCUAGCAACCUCCAUGUGGACCGUGAGCAAGAAAUUGUUACAUGCUAUGAAAAGGCUGGGGAUAUUGCUCUUCUGUACCUUCAGGAGAUAGAAAGGGUAAUUAAUGCCAAUAUACAAAACAGAAGCCCUAAGCCAGGGCCCACUGCACAUGAGCAAGAACUUGGUUUUUUCCUGGAGACAGGACUUCAAAGAGCACAUGUGUUAUACUUCAAGAAUGGGAACUUGACGAGAGGUGUUGGUAGAUUUAGAGAGUUACUAAGAGCUGUUGAAACAAGAACUACACAGAAUCUGCGAAUGACAAUAGCAAGACAACUGGCUGAAAUUUUGUUACGGGGCAUGUGUGAACAGAGUUAUUGGAAUCCACUGGAAGAUCCUCCUCACCAGUCACCCUUAGAUGAUCCACUUCGAAAAGGUUCAAAUACUAAGAAUUAUGCACUCAGUAGAAGACCACGGGUAUACACUGGAGAAAACAUCUUUUGUCCUCAAGAAAAUACAGAAGAAGCCUUACUUUUGCUGCUUAUUAGUGAAUCUAUGGCCAACCGUGAUGCUGUACUGAGCAGAAUACCAGAACACAAAAAUGAUCGUAUCAUCAGUUUGCAAAGUGCAUCUGUGGUCUAUGAUUUACUUACUAUAGCCUUGGGAAGAAGAGGCCAAUAUGAAAUGCUCUCAGAGUGUUUAGAAAGAGCCAUGAAGUUUGCAUUUGAAGAGUUCCACCUCUGGUAUCAGUUUGCAUUGUCCUUGAUGGCAGCAGGAAAAUCUGCUCGAGCUGUUAAAGUCUUGAAGGAAUGUAUACGUUUGAAACCAGAUGAUGCAACUAUUCCACUCCUUGCUGCCAAGCUCUGUAUGGGAUCUCUCCACUGGUUGGAAGAAGCUGAAAGAUUUGCCACAACAGUUGUUGAUCUUGGGGAGAAAACAUCAGAGUUCAAAGCAAAAGGCUACCUGGCACUGGGACUGACUUACAGUCUGCAGGCUACUGAUGCAUCUUUGCGAGGGAUGCAAGAGGUCUUGCAGAGAAAGGCUCUUCUUGCAUUUCAGAGGGCUCACAGUUUGUCUCCAACAGAUCAUCUGGCAGCAUUUUACUUGGCACUGCAGCUUGCCAUAUCCAGACAGAUACCAGAAGCUUUGGGUUAUGUUCGUCAGGCUCUACAACUACAAGGAGAUGAUGCCAACUCUCUUCAUCUCCUUGCACUCUUGCUAUCAGCCCAGAAACACUACCAUGAUGCUUUGAAUAUCAUUGAUAUGGCCUUGAGUGAAUAUCCAGAAAACUUUAUAUUACUGUUUACAAAAGUCAAACUGGAGUCCCUGUGUAGAGGCCCAGAUGAAGCACUCCUUACCUGUAAACACAUGCUCCAGAUUUGGAAAUCCUGCUACAAUCUCACUAACCCAAGCGAUUCUGGACGUGGGAGCAGCCUGUUAGACAGAGCUAUUGCUGACAGACGGCAGCUUAAUACAAUUACAUUACCAGACUUCAGUGAUCCUGAGACAGGUUCAGUCCAUGCCACAUCAAUAGCAGCUUCUAGAGUGGAGCAAGCACUGUCUGAAGUUGCUUCAUCUUUGCAAAGCAGUGCCCCUAAACAAGGUCCCCUGCAUCCUUGGAUGACUCUGGCUCAAAUAUGGCUUCAUGCAGCUGAGGUCUACAUAGGAAUUGGGAAGCCUGCUGAGGCCACGGCAUGCACCCAGGAAGCAGCUAAUCUCUUCCCGAUGUCACACUAUGUUCUCUACAUGAGAGGUCAGGUGGCUGAACUUCGUGGCAAUAUCGAUGAAGCCAAACGAUGGUAUGAAGAGGCCUUAUCUAUUAGUCCUACCCAUGUGAAAAGCAUGCAGAGGCUGGUAAGUCUUGAGUCCACAUUCAUAA